AUGCCACUCCAUAAUAGUAUGCGUACUAGGAAGUCAACAAGGAAGGAUGCGAGGAAGAGAACAUCAUCCACAGUUUCCAAUGCCACAACGCAGGCUGGUCCUGUCGCAAGUCCCACAAUCUCCGAGAAAAGCAACGUUUCUACACGGAAUAAUACCUCUAAACAAAAUGUGAAACCGCAGGCAGCUUCACCGUCGCCGCCAACCCCGGAGCCGGCGAAACAUGUCACAGAUGUUGAUGUUUUCCAGUUUCUCGAGCACAGUGAUGGAUCCUCAUCUGUAUCCUCAUCGGAGCCCUCAGAAUCGGAAUCGGAAUCUGAAUCUGAUUCUGAUGAUGACAUUCCUGCAACCCAGUCGACCGUAACGAAUAUACAAUCACCGAAACCGCGCGCCAAUCCCAUACCGCAUGCUGUCUUGGUAUCAAAGACCGGCGCUUCUCCAAAGACAACCAGAUCACCCGCUGGCGGGGCGUCGAGAGCUACAAGUGACUUGCGUCCUCCGCCAGCACCAUCACCACCAUCCGUGCCCCCAGCAGAGACCCGAAAACAAAUGUCACCAGCGGCGCGAAAGACAUCUUCAAAAGAGUAUAGCAAAUCCCCGGUAGAGUCUCCACCACGAAAACGCCAGUUGCAGAUCUCUCAACCCGAAGACUUCUAUCCACAAGAUGUUACUGCGAUCCAACGGUCACCGCUGCCACCCUCUCCACCGAGUAGCCCGGAGGAUAGCAUACACCGCGCAUUACAAAGAAGAGACUCAAAUGCGUCGCAAAUAUCAUCAGGCUAUGGGCUCGUGGCAUCACACCUCACCCACUCAGCCAAAGACGAGAAGGGAGCAUUCCCUCCGUUAUACCGACGCUUCGAGAACCUGAACCACCGUGUCCUGCUCCACCUUCAAGACGAGAUCUCCCAAAUGGAAGAAGACCUGAAUCUCCUAGAUGAGUACGAAGAAAUGCAUCGCGUCGCUAUCGCCGAGAAGGAAGGUAACAAGCCCGUACCCGCAUCACGCCGCAUAGACGCCCAGUCCCAGUCCUAUUCAUCCCUGCACUACCGACGAAUGGAUCUGAUGGCAGCUUUGAUCCAAAAGACAGAGCAAUAUAAUAACGCCCUCAGCGCCUACAGCAAAGUAGUCCAAACACUACCCCGCGCCACAGACGACGAUAUCCAAAAUUACCGCUCAUGGAUGAAAACAAACAACCCCAUCGCAGCAGCAGAAACCCGUUUCCUAGAUAAAGACGUUGAUCUCGUCUCCCUUACACCCCGCUUAGCCGCCUCGGCCGCUACUGCCCCCGUCUACAUGGCUAUCAUGGUCGCGUCGGGUGCCCUUUUACUUCCCCUGCUGGCAUUUAGUAUGAUCGCAGAGUUCUCCGGUCGACUUGUCGUCGUGACGGUCGUCGGUGGUGCUGCAGCUGCUAUUGCGGCGAAUUACUCCGCCGGUAUUGAUACCCUAGUUGAUUCGAGGGAUGGAUGGAGAUGUGCCAUGAUAUAUUUUGGUUUUAUGACCCUUGCUGCUAUGUUCAUUCCUUAG